AUGGACUCAACUAUACUGCUAUCUACCGUUUCAUCACCAAAAGGCAUAAAAAGAGAUAGACCUCUAAGCUCAUACACAGAGCAUAGCAUUGAACUGGAAGGUAACGAGGAAAACAACAGUCUAGAUGAAAAUAAAUGUCUUUUGGAUGAAGCAACUCCGUUCACAACUAAAACGCAAGCGCUUAAUUCGUUUUCACGCAAACUUUUCUUACAAAAGCAAAAAUCGCCUUCUUCACCCUCAAUAGCUACUACCCCUACAAGGGCACCGCUUAGGACUUUAUCAUCUUCGGUUAAACAAAAAACUAAAGCGUUUACCAAAUCAAUGACGUCAGCUGUUUCCAAAUCGUCGCAAAAUUUUUUCUUUACAAAUUUGAGCAUGUCUUCUAAAGUCAUUGAGUCUGGAACCGAUGGAAAGUGUAAUGACGAAAGAGAAGAAGAAGAAGAGGAGGAGGAGGAGGAAAAGGAGAAGCAGGAAGAAGAAGAAGAUACGGAUGAGGAUGCGGAUGCGGAUGAUGGUGACGAUGGUUGCGAUGACACUUUUGAAACUAUCAAUGUUGAAUUUUCAAUGCAACGUGAAUCUAGCCAUCAAGGAAAGGAACAAAAGUUUCAGUCACAAAAUGGAAAUUUCCUACCUACUUCACCUAGUUCACCUACAUUGACUCGACUCUCCUCACAAGCUCAUUCAAAAGCAAACAUGAGAAGAUUCCAUUCCCUUUGUGAAAUACAACAAGAUUUCGACAGCUUUUUAUUAAAAGAGGACAACUCACAUUUGGGGCAUUCUACCAUAGAGACGUUUCCACUGGGAAGUGAUAUACUACCUCGUAUAAACGAAGAUCAAUUGUACAAGAUUCUUUGUGGCGAGCAUCAUGAAGAAUUUGACGACUUUAUCAUCAUUGAUUGUCGAUUCGAUUACGAAUUCGAAGGUGGGCACAUUGUAAAUGCAUUGAACAUCUCAACAAAGGAAUCCCUAGAGGAGAAAUUUAUUAAAAAUGUGAAAAAGGAUGAUAAGAAAAGGCUAAUCAUAUUUCAUUGCGAGUUCAGUGUUUUUCGUGGUCCAUUAAUGGCUAAACAUUUAAGAAAAUGUGAUCGAAUGAUGAAUCGAACAUCAUAUCCUUACUUGUCAUAUCCCGAUAUAGUCGUACUCGACGGCGGGUACAAGAAUUUUUUUACAAAAUAUAAUGGAUUAUUUUGUGACCCGUGCAAUUAUGUCGAGAUGAAAGACCUCAAACAUAAACAAAAAUGUGAAUAUCACCUCAACCGCGUAAGAAAGAAUGAUAAACUAUUGAUGAGAGCCAAGUCUUUUAAUCAAUUUGGCUUGGCUUCACAGCUGGUACUGGAUUUUUGGACCACCAGUGAUGAAGCGAAAUCAUCCUUGGGAAACAGUGAUUCCAAAUUAUCAAGCAAGCGUCAAAAAUCGAAUUCCAAAGUUAAAACUUCACCAUUCAACUCAGAUUUGCAAACAAAAUUAACAAGAGCUAAUACAUUUUCAUUUGAUCAACUGUUUUUCAGAAAUGGAAUAUCCUCCUCAUCAUCACCCUUGAGCUCCCCCUUAUUAUCUAAUUUCCCACAAAACAGGAGCGAUGACGUGACGCAGCCAAACAAAUUUAGCACAUUUCAUCCACCAUCCACUUCAUUUCGUCAGCAACCAUCGCCCCUACCACCAUUGCCACCACUACCACCACUACCACAACAACUACCACAACAACCACAACAACAAAAUUUCCUUUAUCAGCAUAGAAAAUCGUAUUCAUCCACUCUUUCCUCAUCAACAGUCUCCAUAUCUUCAUCUUGCAUAUCAUCAUUGCAUUCAACUAACUCAACAGAUAGUUUAUAUGAAACACCAUCCUUAUAUACCUUGGACAACAUAAACUCUCCAUCAUUGACAUCAAUGUCCGAUUAUUUUGAAACGAAAAAGCCAAACUUUUCAAUCUUACGACCAAUGGCUAAAAAACCAAUAAGCUCAUUACCACUAGUACCUUCAACAACAAUAGCAACAACAGCUCAUCAAUUUCAAUUUCCUAUAAAAAGACCUCCAAUUAAUAACAUUCCUUCUAAUUUCACAUCACCUGUCAUAUCUUCACCUUUGUCAGUUACAGAGACUCCUCGAAGCUCAUCAAAAUUGAGCUUGAUUGAUCCUAUUAAUGAUACACCUGUGGAUUUCUCAAUUCCGGCUAAAUACCAAGGGCACAAAAGAUCUAGCAGUUUAAUCAAUAGUGGUGGCACUUUUGGCAGUGUGUCUUUAGUUGAUGAAAUUGACGAGGUCGACGAAGAAGACGGGUAA